UAGAAAGUCUGAGACGACAUGUAGUCAUAGCAUGUAGUUCACGAGAGAGAAACAAGUUUAUUGUCAGGUGACUGAUGUUUGUAGACUAAAGUACUUUUAAAGUAGUGACACAAGUAUCAUUUUGCAGCUGAGACGUCGUGUGCAACUUGCAGUUUUGUAACAUGUUACCAUAGCUUUAAGUGAAGUGCAGCUAGGUUAGCCGCAUUUGUUGUUUUCACCAGCUUUGGAAAAGUUUUAAAAACGUGGACGUUUAAAAGCUAGCACCGUCGGGAGGGACCGUCAGCUGUAAACGCCAGCCGUAGCUUUCACCGGGAGAACCGGGAGAGGCGAGGACUACGCUGGAGGACAGUGUUCAUUAGCCGCUGUGGCUACUGCCUUGUAACGAAGGACUCCGCGGCCUGUGUUGCUACACGGACUGGUGGCCUGCUGAACCUUGCCUGUAGCUGUCUCAUCAGCACAGCACUGUGACUCCACUCAGCUGUUAUAUUACCUGGGGUACCCCCAGUUCCUCAGUGCCUCACAUGAGGUGUACGGGGGCGAGCGACCGGCCUCUGCCCGGGAAGGAGUUACUGAAGGCGGCGUGAGCUCGUCCGCUACCGCCGCGGCUGUCGGCUCCAUGCUUGGGAUGUACGGGAGCCCGUGGGCGGCUCACAACUACAGUGCCUUCCUGCCGUACAGCGGAGCCACAGACCUCGCCCUCAUAACCCAGAUGGGCUCUCAGUAUGAGCUGAAGGACAGCCCGGGGUCCCACCCUGCCUCUCUACCUGUCCACGCCGCCCAAGGCUUCUACCCAUACGGCCAGUACCCGUACGGUGACCCGUCCAGGGCCAAGACGGCCACCCGGGAGACCACCAGCACCCUGAAGGCCUGGCUGCAGGAGCACCAGAAGAACCCCUACCCCACCAAAGGAGAGAAGAUAAUGCUUGCUAUCAUCACCCGGAUGACACUCACACAGGUGUCGACUUGGUUCGCGAACGCCCGCAGACGCCUGAAGAAGGAGAACAAGGUAACCUGGGGCCGCAGCGCCGAGGACCGGGACGGCCGCAUCUUCAGCAGCGACAACGAGGACGAGCACGGCAAGAACGGCAGCGACGACGAAGACGAAGAGGAGGAAAUUGAUUUGGAAACUGUCGAUAUCGAGAGACCCGAGGAGCAGCGAGCGGGGGAGCCGGGCUCCGGGAAGGGAGAGGCGGAGGGAGAGAGAGAGGGAGAGGGAGAGGCAGGCCUGGCCGACAGAGAGCAGGCCUCGGAGCCGAAGAGCUCCGAGAGCAGCAGGACACUUUCUGUGGACGGCCUGAGAGGAGUGGAGGCGGCUAUUUCUCUCAAUAGAUCGCCUGUUGUCAAACUCGCAGUGGAUCUUUCUCCCAGCAGACAGGAGUGCCAGAGACCACCGCAGAGCAAACCCAAAAUCUGGUCCCUGGCUGAGACCGCCACGGCCCCGGACAGCUCUCACAAACCUUCCCCCGCGGCCCAUGCGCACCACGCGGCUUUGGCCUCCGCCGGCCACCCGGCCUUACUCCCGGGUCAUGGGAUUUAUACAUGCCAGAUUGGCAAGCUGCACAACUGGGCCAACGCGGCUUUUCUGAAUGCCAACUCUCUUUUGAACAUGAGGUCGCUCCUCGGCGGGGCGCCGGCCGGACACCUGCCUCUCCACGGCGCGGUGCCGGUUGUGCGUCAUGACGCACGGCAGGCGGCGGCUGGCCCCGGAACUUCGGGGACGGAGGACGACAGUGAUGUAGAGUCGUCAGGAAGCUUCAGUCCAAAAAGAGAUGACGAAGAGAGCGACCACAGGACUGAUUCCCUGAAGUCCCCAUUCCAGCUGAUCACUGACAGACCUCACCAUGGGACAGCACCACAGCGAGUUCUGACAACGACAUUAUGAGAAGACAAAGGGAGAAAAAAAGAAAGGAAUAAUUUUAUUUAACGGAGAACAGUUUAACGAAGGCUAUUUUUCUGACAGUGCGGCCUGUCAUAGUAUUACUGUUUAGCUUCUACAUGCAAAAGAGAUGGUUGUUUUUGUCACAGAUUUGUAUUGUAUCUCUCCUUUAUGUCCUAUGUUUCUUCCUCGCCUCCUCUUGUUGUGAAUGGAAACCUUGAAUAAUUGUAAAUACAGGAUAUGAAUUUGUCUUUAAAGAAUAUAUUUUUUGGGAACUAAAUAAAUGUCAUUAUAGUCAUUUA